AUGGACUCGGACGCCAGCCUGGUUUCCAGCCGCCCGUCCUCCCCGGAGCCCGAUGACCUCUUCCUCACGGCCAGGAAUAAAGGCAGCGGCGGGGGCUUCACGGGCGGCACCGUGUCCAGCUCCACGCAGAGCGACUCCCCGCCGGAGCUGAGCGCCGAGCUGCGCAGCGCCAUGAGCGCUGCGGGGGUGGUGGUGGUGGACAAGCUGGGCUUCAAGUCCUCGUCGUCCUCUUCCUCCUCGUCCUCCUCUUCCUCCUCCAAGAAGGACAAGAAGCAGAUGACGGAGCCGGAGCUGCAGCAGCUGCGGCUGAAGAUCAACAGCCGGGAGCGCAAGCGGAUGCACGACCUGAACAUCGCCAUGGACGGGCUGCGGGAGGUGAUGCCCUACGCGCACGGCCCGUCGGUGCGCAAGCUCUCCAAGAUCGCCACGCUCCUCCUGGCGCGCAACUACAUCCUUAUGCUCACCAACUCCCUGGAGGAGAUGAAGCGCCUGGUCAGCGAGAUCUACGGCGGCCACCACGCCGGCUUCCACCCCGCCGCCUGCCCCGGCGGCAUGGGCGCGCACUCGGCGCCGCUGCCCGGUCACCCGGGCCACCCGGCCUCGCACCCCGUGCACCACCCCAUCCUGCCCCCCGCCGCCGUCUCCAGCGCCUCCCUGCCCGGCUCCGGCCUCUCGGCCGUCAGCUCCAUCCGGCCCCCGCACGGGCUCCUCAAGUCGCCCUCGGCCGCCGCCGCCGCCGCCGCCGCCGCCCCGCUGGGCAGCGGCUUCCAGCACUGGGGGGGGAUGCCGUGCCCCUGCAGCAUGUGCCAGGUGUCGGCCCCGCCGCACCACCACGUCUCCGGCAUGGGCACGGCCAGCCUGCCCAGAUUAGCCACCGACACCAAAUGA